AAAGGAUCAAUUUUAACUCAGUUCUCUCAGUUGAGAUGAUGAAAUCACAAAGAAAUAAAGUGUUAAAAAUUUUAUUUCAAAAAUUUCACCAUGAAAAUAUUUUUAUCAAUUUUUGCUUUAAUUUCAAUACUUAAUUCCUCAAUACUAGGAAAUUCAAAUGAUCAACAAAUUCACACAGAUCUUGCUCGAGCUGAUGAGCCUUUAAUGGUGCUUGUUACUUUAUCAGGAUCAAUGAUCGCAAUCGAUCCACAAACAGCCAAUCUUAGAUGGUUUCAGCAACAUGGCCCAGUUAUAAAAUCAACAAAUAAUGAGAAAUUAAAUUUUUCAUCAAUUUUACUGCCAAAUCCAGUUUCUGGUCAACUUUACAGUCUCAAAACCACAAAAAAUGAGGAAUUUGAGUUAUCUAGAUUAGACCAUACAAUCCCAGAUCUAGUGCUGAAGUCACCUUUCAUAUCAAAAGAUAAAAUCUUGUACACAGGACGUAAAGCUGAUUCAUGGUUCAUCAUUAAUUCAUUAACUGGAGAAUGCAAGACUGUUAUGGAUUUCAGCGAAUCAGAGGACAAAACAACAGAUUUGAUUCCAUCCAAAUCAAUUUAUGAUGUAUACAUUGGAAGAACACAAUAUGACGUUUGUAUGACAAACAUGCAAGAGAGUAACAACACUAGAGACCAUUGGAAUGUCUCAAUGUACCAAUAUAAUGCAUUUGAGAUGAAUUCUGAACUUUAUGAUAAAUAUGAAUUUGUCCACAUUGUAAGCAGUUCCAGUGGUAAAUUACUCACACUUUUGAAGAACAGCGGAGAAAUGCUCUGGCAUAAAAGUGACUUAAACUCACCGAUUGUUGCACUAUUUUUAAUGGGCAAAAAUGGAUUUUUAAACAUUCCGUUCACAACUGUCGAUGAUGGAGUUUUUGACAAACUUAUGGAGCCAUUGGCUCAUGAAAAGUUUAGAGACUUUAAGUUAUUUGAAACUGUUUACGUCGGUGAAAACAAAAGUGCCGGUGCCAACAUCUUCUAUGCUCUUCCGUCUUACACCGACAACACAACUUACAUAAUUAGACAAAAUGUAGAGAAUUUCUUUAAAGACCCUACAUCAAUAUUAGGUCAUCAUCAACUUUAUUCUGAAAAUGAUGCUUCUAAAGUUCCUUUAUUGGAAGAUAAAAAGCAAGAAGUGAUAAUAAGUGGAAAUAAAGACAAAGAAGUGCUCGAAAAAGAUGAAAGAGAAAAUUUAUCAUUUAUUUAUUCUGUCAUGUUCAUGAUCACUUUAGGUGGUUUAACUGUGAUAAUAAGUUUUAUAUAUAAGAGGAAACUAGUAAGAGAAUUUAGUAAAAGUAGCAGCAAUAGCAGAAAGAAGGAUAAUAAGGAGGAUGGAAAGUUUGUGACGCCAACUAUUGGUGAUGACGGUAAAGUUACAAUCACAAAAAUAUCAUUUGACCCAACAACACCCAUUGGAAAAGGAUGUGAAGGAACUUUUGUUUACAAAGGAAAGUUCGAAGGUCGUAAUGUUGCAGUCAAGCGACUUCUUAUUGAUUGUUUCACAUUAGCUGACAGAGAAGUAAAAGCACUCAGAGAUUCCGACAAUCAUGAGAAUAUAAUUCGAUAUUUCUGUACUGAAUAUGAUCGUCAAUUUUGUUAUAUUGCUGUUGAACUAUGCAGCUGUUCAUUAAAUGAUUAUAUUAUGGAUAAAAAAUACAAAUAUUUGAGAGAAACUAUAAAACCUAAAGAAGUCUUGUAUCAAGCUACAAAGGGCCUGAGUCAUCUUCACAAUUUAAAUAUAAUUCAUAGAGACAUAAAACCUCAAAAUAUAUUAAUUACAUUGCCUGAUGUUAGGAACGAUGUGCGAGCAAUGAUUUCAGAUUUUGGGUUAAGUAAGAGAAUCGACAAUGGAGUUGUUUCUGCGACUAAUAGAGCUGGUGUUGCAGGAACUGAUGGUUGGAUUGCUCCAGAAUUACUUAAAGAUGAUAAAUUGACAAAAGCAGCUGACAUUUUCUCCCUUGGCUGCGUCUUCUUCUUCACAUUCUCAAAUGGCAAACAUCCUUUUGGAGAUUCAUAUAAUCGACAAGCUAAUGUCAUAGCUAAUAAAUUUGACCUAUCAAUCUUAUCAGACAAUGAUUAUUCAAAUAUUUUUGCAAAAGAGCUCAUUACAGACAUGAUAAAUGCUAAUCCUCAAGAUCGACCAAUUUCAGAUGCAAUUUUGAGACAUCCAAUAUUUUGGGGUGAGGGUAAAUUGCUUGAUUUCUUGCAGACUGUGUCAGAUAGGAUUGAAAAGUUGCAUAUUCGAGAUGAGCCAUUGUGGACAUUGGAAAGGAAUGCAAGAAUGGUGGUUAAGGAUGAUUGGAAACAAGUCAUUGAAGAAGAGAUUUUAAAUGACUUGGGAAAGCAAAGGACGUAUCAGGGGAUUAGUGUGAGGGACCUAAUGAGAGCUAUGAGGAAUAAGCGCAAUCACUACAAUGAGCUUUCUGACGAUGUUAAAAACAUAUUUGGUUCUAUUCCAAUUGAAUAUUCAAACUAUUGGCUUAGUAAAUUCCCACAUUUAAUGUCGCACGUGUAUCACGGAAUGCAAAGAUGCAGCAAAGAAUCAAGUUUUGUCAGAUUUUAUGUUCGAUAUUUUACAUUUACAAAGCCAGAAUAUUUAUAUGACAGUAGUUUGGAUAAUGUUGAGUUAGCUGAGCUGAUUCAAAAAAUCAGAGACGAGUAUGCUUCUGGAGGAUAUGGAAAUAAUGGAUUUAAGAGCCAAGAUAAGAAGCAUUUUGGUGGAAACUGGAAUAAAAGUCGAGGCAAAAGAGGAUUUUAUAACUUUAAAAAUUUAAAUAGUGAUAAUUAAUAAAUAAGUUGUAUUUUGAACUAUAUAA